GCCUUUACCGACCAGGAUCUUUCUUUGAGUUUCAAUGCUAGUGCCGCCGCCGCCGCCGCUCAAGGCGGAGUAUCCACGACGGGGAUGUGGUCAUCAGCCGCUUCAAGGCAAAUCAACUAUGGAGGACCUACUGAAAUGGGAAUGUUUGUUCUUGCACAAUCAAACCCCAACCACCAUCAUAUAUCAUCUGAUCAUCAUCAUCAUGUGCAUGCUCACUCUCUUAACACAACCACCGCCGCCGGUACGACGGCGUUAGGUGUUGGUGUUAUACCGCUUUUAACCGCCACCCCUCUCACGGCGGGGGAAGAGGGUAUUAUAGGAAACCGUAGUAAUAAUAGUAAUAUUCAGUUUUGGCAACCCACACAACAAAGUUAUGUAAAGAAAAUAAACAUGUUUUCGGAUCAUGGUUUUGGUGGGAUAGGCGGGUCAACGUCUGGGUCAACGCUGACUUGUCAAGAUUGUGGGAACCAAGCCAAGAAAGAUUGUAACCAUAGAAGGUGUAGAACUUGUUGUAGGAAUAGAGGUUUUGAUUGUCCUACUCACGUGAAAAGCACGUGGGUUCCGGCAGCUCGUCGGAGGGAACGUCAGUUGAUAGCCUCCGGUUCAUCGGCGUCUACCUCCGGUACCAAGAAACCUAGACUUGCUACUAAUUCUCGGACCACAACCACUUCACAUACUUCAACUUCAAAUAAUAAUAAUAAUAAUACACCUCCAAGAAGCUUUGACACUAGUACUUCUAGUCAUCACCAAGAUGCAAGUUUUAUGCAAUCAUUGCCGGGUCAAGUGCAUGCUCCGGCGGUGUUCAAGUGUGUGAGAGUGACGGCGGUGGAAGACGGCGGAGAGGACGAAUACGCAUACCAAGCAAGUGUAAAAAUUGGUGGGCAUGUGUUCAAAGGGUUUCUAUAUGAUCAAGGUAUUGUUGUUGAAACAAGUAGUAGUAGAGACCACAUCAACAUUUCUAAUUUUUCUGAAUUGCAUUUGGGUGGUGGUGGUGGUGGUGGCUCAGGGCGGAAUGUGGGUGGUUCGUUAACAUCUCCUCCAUCACUAGAUACACCAACGGUGGUUUAUGGUUCUUCAUCUGGUGGUGGAUUAAUUGGUUGACAUAAUUAUUACUGUUAGUUCGGUUCAUAUCUUUAUUUUUGUCAUGUAGUUUACUAUUUAAGCCCAAAAUUUCAUGGAAUCUAAUCUAGCUAAUGGAUGGCUUCUUAUUGUACUACUAGCUAGCUAGCUAUUUGUUGUCCAAUCAACUUGCUUGAAAAGAUAAUCCGAUUUUUCUGCGUGCAUGUUUUAUGCAAA